AUGUCGUUCGAAAUAGGAACCCGGGUCAAAACUAGCUCGGGAAACGGGAAGGUAGUCUUCGCUGGCCAGACGCAGUUUGCCGAAGGUGAAUGGAUCGGAGUCAUUUUGGAUACCCCAACUGGAAAGAAUAACGGAACAGUUAAAGAUGUUGCAUAUUUCCAAUGCGAACCUAAUUACGGAGUUUUUGUCAAAGCAAGUGCUGUUGAACUUGAAGAUACAGUAAAAAGAUCCGGAUUGAAAGCUCCAACAGCUUCGGCGAUUCGCAAAGACUCGAGUGUAAUGAGUCGAUCUGCAGGAUCAAAAGCAUCUCCAGGGUCGAGUCCUGGAAUUUCACCAGCUGCAUCGUCGGAGAAGUUAUCCGGGCGGCAGACCGGAAUGGGUCCACGUUCAGUGUCAAAGCUAGUAGAUCCCAACGAGUCAAGAAUGGUCCGUGAAUUCUCCAACUUAUCACAAUCUUCCGUUGCUUCGAGUCGUGCUAGCGCAUCUACAUCUAAACCUAGGCCUCAAUUCACCGCACCAGAUGCAGCUUCAAGACGACAAAGUUUGGCGCCUCCAAAGAAAGUUUCAACAACAGUGCCUCCUGCGAAAAAUAAUUCCAUUGCAAAGCCGCGACAGUCAAUGGCACCGAGUAAACCAACAGAGGAGACGAAACCUGCUGAAUCUGAAACAGAGGUUCCAAAUGAAUUGCCACCUCCAACAAUGACAGAAUCUGGAACAGUACUCCCCAACGAAAGUGUUCUUUCACGAGCUAAAAAGAUAGAUGAUACGGGACCAGCUGCUCCAAUGUCACCUAUCUCCACAACUUCUGCUGCUGCUCAUCCACGAACAACUUCAAUUUCUUCAAACAUCGACCAUUCCACCGAACUAGAAUACCUUCGAAUUCAGGUUAAAGAACUCACCGAUAAACUAGAGACAACAAGAGCAAAACGAAAAGACGAUCAUGCAAAGCUUCUCGAGUUCGAGCGAAUUUCUAUUGAGCACAGAACUCUUCAAGAUGUGAAAAGUCGAUUGAAUGACAAAGUGGUUGAGCUAGAAAGACAACUUCUCGAAGAGAGAAGAUCCGCUGAAGAGCUGAGAGCUUGGCACGAAGAUAACAAGAAUUCAAUUGAGGAGAGCAAAGAAUUGAUGGAAAUGGCCACUAUUGAAAAGGAGCUGGCCGAGGAAAAAGCUGAUGUUGCUGAAAUUAAAAUCAACGAACUCACGGAAGAAUUGGAAAAGAUGAGAGUUAAGCUGGGACUUUUAGAAGACGAAAUGGCAAACGGUGGAGGUGGUGCUCAAGUUGGAAACACAGUUCAAAUGAGACAGAUUGAAAUGCAGAAUGAUAAGCUGAAAGACGCUCUUAUCAAGAUGCGUGAUUUGAGUGCUCAAGCUAAACUUGAUCAACAAAAGGCAGUGGAAGAAGCUGAAAGAUUGAAGAAUGAGAAUUCUGAACUCAUUCGAGUCGCAGAGAACCUCAAGAGACAAGCUGAAAUUGCUGAAUCCAAGAUAGCCGGAUUCCAAGAGCAGAUUGAUGCUGCCAUGGGUGCUGAAGCAAUGGUUACUCAGCUAACGGAUAAAAACUUCAACAUGGAAGAACGUAUUGCGCAGCUUGAGGAGACGAUAGAAGACAUGGAAGAAGCUAAAGACUUGGAUGAGCAACUUGCUGAAGUACAAAAACAACAAGAGAAAGAUCUCAUGAAGGAAAUCGAGCAACUGAAAAUUCAUAUACAUGAACUGAACGGACGCAUACGAGAUGAACAAAAGCAUGCUGCCGAGUUGUCCCAAACUAUUUUGAAGUUCCGAGAAAGAAUGGCAAAUUUGAAUUCUCAAAUUCAAGAUCAGAAGGAUCAAAUUUUGAGUCUUGAAGAGCAAGUUCAUGGUCAAACGACGGAAGAUAACGAUCGGGCAACAAUGUUCAACCAACUUCAAAUUUCGGCGAACCGCAAUUUCUCGGAAAUCGUCGAGCGACAGAUCAAUGCAAUCGAGGUUGAAUAUGCCCGUCGCCAGGCUGGAUACUUGAAGGCGUUCCUUCCUGAUAAUUUUGCUCGUGUUGGAGGAGAAAAUGACUCGAUUCUUUUAGUUGUCUUGCUUCCACGCCUCUCUGCAAAGGCAACGUUAUUCGCUACUUUAGCUGCUCAAUGUUAUCCACAAGUUCCGGGAGGAAUGCGUCGUGAGCAUGUAACAAAGUCUCACAAGGGAGAACAAUGGGCUCACGUGGCACGUGUCUCGUAUCUUGCAAACUCCAUAGUCGCUGCUGUCGGAAAAUUAGAAAGUGCCGUUGGAGAAACUACUGUAGAAGCGCUGAUAAAAUUGACAGAAAGCUACGGUGAGAUGGCAACUCACGAAAGAGCAAUUGAUCAAUACUUGGAGCUUCUCAAAACUUCUCGUUUCGACGAGAAUACUUCUCUUGACGGAUUCAUCCGUCCUCUCGCCUACUUCCAGAUGAUUUUUUCGUUACAAUUUGGUGGUGAUGGGUUCAACGCUUCACAAUGGAUUUCAUCAGUUUGUUCGUCUCUCACAGCAGGUCUCGCGUAUUGUCGGGUGAAUACCCAAAGAAUUUCCUACUUCUUACAGGAAUCGGUUAAUGCUGGAGAAGUGUUCAAUCUCCUUCAAUCUCUAAACGACGAGUUUGCUGCUUGCGAGUCUGUAAUUCUGAAAGCAGCUCGACUUCUCCCGAAUGGAAGUGACCCACGAAAAAUUAUCAAGUUGGAAAGUGAUUUUACCGAUGAGCUUCUCAACGCUGUUGCCCAGCUUGAUAAAAUGGCGUCCACACUUCAAGAAGUUUGUACAAACGGAGCACACAAUUUUGGUGGAAUUUCGGAGACAGAAGGAUUUGACGAUAAGAGAGUCAAAGAGAUGAUCCAUUCAGUUGUUGCCAAGAGCAGUGGAUACAUUGCAAUCGAGAAUACUUUCGAUCCUAUUCGCACAACGAUGAGGUCUCUUCGCGAUAGUCUCGAGAAAGUGAAUUCCACUUUGGAAUCUGCUAAAAUGGAGCAUGUUGCUCCGGAGAAGAAGACAUUCCCACCUCUUCUCGACAGAGCACACCAUCGGAAGCAAGCAGCUCAAGAAGCAGAAGGACUUCGUUGGCAAAUGGAAAAGAAAGAUAAUGAGAUGUUGGAAUUGCGUAAGCAAAUCAAGGCACGAAUCGAAGAUGUAUCAAACUUCAAGUUACGAUUGGAUAUGGCAGAGUCUCGUUUGAAUUCUACUGAUAAGGCAGAGGGAGACAAGGUGAAGCAUUUGGAAGAAAAGAUAAACCAGAUGGUGGCUGAUCACAGAAGAAAACAAAUAAUUUUUAAAUUUAGUGAGUUCGAUGAAUCGAUGGAUGCACUACAACGAGAGAUGAAAGAAGUCGAAGGGGAGAACUUGGAACUGAAACAACGUGCUAACAAGAUCAGCAAGGAAGCUCUUUGGAAAAACAUUCAUGCCAUGGAGACGCGAUCCGCAGGUGCUCCUACUGCCCCAAGUUCGUCGUCAGUAGUAGAGGAAGGCAGUGCGAGUAGAGGAGAAGUUGUGUUCCUUGAAAAUCAGUUGAACAAGCAGACGGAUGCCAGAAAGCGAGCAGAGCUCGAGAUCAGAAAACUCAAAGGAGAACUAGCCCAAUCUGGAUCGAAACGAUUCUCAACUGUUCCAGGAUUGAUCUCGGGACCAGUUACUUUGGAAUCUCAAACUAGACAAGAUUUAUUACUAAAACUCUUGGACAAUCUUCAUGAUGAAUCCCUCCGUUUGCGACGCGAAGAAGUCAGUCAUCAGACUUAUGUACCUUCGAAUCCAAAAAUUUCAACUGAGAGAAUGUUGGAGGAGAUGGAGAAAUUUAAUGCUAAACGCGAGCAGUUUUAUGAUAAGCUCAACUCGGUUAAUCGCCGUCUUCGUCGUGUAUGGUUCGAUGCAUGGGGAGAGGAGUAUCCAUUUGAUAUUGCCACUUCUAUUCGAUCAGCUCCACCGGUUCCAGAAUCCAAAAAGUUCGACGAAGUCAGUGCGAAAUGGGGAAUAGUUUGGUAG